CCAUUUAAUUUAAAGAGAGAGAAAAAUACAAACACAAAGAAAGAGCAUUAGAAAAAGAGGAUUAAGGAAGAAGAAGGAGACGCCGGACCAAGCGUCCGUGUUUCAUCUUUGGUCUCCUCUCCUUCCUCUUCCCCGUAAUCCUCCCUUAAAUCAUCAUCCCAUAUUCACAAAUCACAAUCAUUAAUUCUUAGAUUAAUUGCAUUCGAGGUAUUUUCUGCUUUCAUGUGUCGUAAUUGUUCAUGAUUUUGUCCUUAAAAUAAUCCUCAUUUUGGUUUCAAGGUGUUUCGACCUCCGGUCUGUCACACUGUUAGGUUUAUGCGUCCGACACAAUGUCUGUAUAAUCUUAUUCUAGACAUUGUCUGUCUAGGUAAUCAUAACAUACAUCAUGCAUUGUAUCAUCGGAUCCUAAGGAUUGUCCACUUCUUUUGUUUACGUGUCAUUUAUAAAAUCAUAAACAUUCCCUCGUUUUGAUUUCGAGUUAUUCUGACCUUAGGUUUGUUUAUUACACCUGAAAAUAUUAUCCAUUUUAGUUUCACGUACGUUCGAGAUAUUAUUAUUUUUUUAGGUUUACCACAUUCGAGAUAUUGCGUGUUAUAGGUUCAUCACAUUCGAGAUAUUAUCUGUUUUAGAUUCAUCUUGUUGUUGAGGUAUUGUCCACGCUCGUGUAAGCCUUCACAUUGGAUCAUCUCUAUGGGUAACUGUUGCGUUUUGCCAUCCCGUCAGAUCAGAAAAGAAAAAAAACACAAGAAGAAACGGAAUCCCUAUGAGGACGGGCGGGGGAAGAAGCUGGUGGUGCUGACGGAGCCCACGGGCCGGGACAUCGGCCUGCGGUACGACCUGGGCCGGGAGCUGGGACGCGGCGAGUUCGGGGUGACGUACCUGUGCCGCGACAGGGAAACGAAGGAGGAAUUAGCAUGCAAGAGUAUUUCCAAGAAGAAGCUACGAACGGCUAUUGAUAUUGAAGACGUGAGGAGGGAGGUGGAGAUCAUGCGGCACCUGCCCAAACACCCGAACGUUGUGUCGUUGAAGGACACGUACGAGGACGACGAUGCCGUUCACCUCGUCAUGGAGCUCUGCGAGGGCGGCGAGCUCUUCGACCGUAUCGUUGCGCGCGGCCACUACACCGAGCGCGCUGCCACCACUGUCACCAGAACCAUCGUCGAAGUCGUGAAGGUGUGCCACGAGCAUGGUGUGAUGCAUCGUGAUCUCAAACCCGAGAACUUUUUGUUUGGAAACAAGAAGGAAACAGCACCCUUGAAAGUUAUUGACUUUGGAUUGUCGGUUUUAUUCAAACCAGGUGAAAGAUUCAAUGAGAUAGUUGGAAGCCCAUAUUACAUGGCUCCUGAGGUAUUAAAGCGUAAUUAUGGCCCUGAAAUAGAUAUCUGGAGUGCUGGAGUAAUUCUCUACAUAUUACUUUGUGGCGUUCCACCGUUUUGGGCAGAAACUGAACAGGGAGUUGCUCAAGCAAUUAUUCGAUCUAUUGUUGAUUUUAAAAGGGAGCCAUGGCCAAAGGUUUCUGAUAAUGCAAAAGACCUUGUGAAGAAGAUGCUCGAUCCUGACCCUAAGCGCCGGCUUACUGCACAAGAAGUGUUAGAUCAUCCAUGGUUACAGAAUGAAAAGAAAGCUCCUAAUGUUUCAUUAGGAGAAACUGUUAGAUCAAGGCUCAUGCAAUUUUCUGUAAUGAACAAGCUUAAGAAAAGAGCCUUGAGGGUGAUUGCAGAGUAUUUGUCCUUAGAAGAAGCUGCUGGAAUAAAAGAGGGAUUCCAGCUGAUGGAUACAAGCAAUAAAGGCAAGAUUAGCGUCGAUGAGCUGCGUGUAGGGUUGCAUAAACUAGGUCACCAAAUUCCUGAUGGGGAUGUCCAAAUACUUAUGGAUGCUGGUGAUGUAGACAACGAUGGGUACAUAGAUUAUGGCGAGUUUGUUGCCAUUUCCAUUCAUCUGAGAAAGAUAGACAAUGAUGAGCACCUUCACAAAGCCUUCCAAUUUUUUGAUGAGAACCAAAGUGGAUAUAUUGAAAUUGAGGAGUUACAUAAUGUCUUAGCUGAUGAGAUUGAAACAAACAGUGAAGAAGUCAUCAAUGCAAUUAUCCAUGAUGUGGACACAGAUAAGGAUGGAAGAAUAAGUUAUGAGGAAUUUGCCGCGAUGAUGAAGGCAGGCACAGAUUGGAGGAAAGCAUCAAGGCAGUAUUCAAGAGAGAGGUUCUCUAGCCUAAGUCAGAAAUUGAUCAAGGACGGGUCUUUGAAACUAAACAAUGAUGACGGUAGAUGACUUUAUUAGAAAUAUUGUUUUACUCGGGCAAAGCCAAAGGAGAAGAAGUCAUCCUCAUCCCUUUAUUCUUUUCCCCUUCAUUGUUAUUCUUUUCUCUCUAUUUUUUGUUAUAUCCUUUCGAGGGAUUAAUUAAAUAGGAUAUAUAUAGGCCUGAUAAGUAAUGUCUGUGGCUUGCAGUAUUCAUUUUUUAAAGUUCUUUUGGUUUGUUGAGGGUGUUAUUGGAGAAAGGAGAGGGUGGAGGAUUGGACAAGUCUUCAAUGUGUGACUGUAAAUAUUUUCAAAUAGUCACACUUAUAUUAUAAUCAUUUGGCAUAUUUAACGAAA